AUGUCUGUUUACAGUGAUAAUGAUGACUUGAGGUCCAAUGAAGAGACUGGGGAAAAGAUUCUACAAGCACUCGCUAAUUCUAAUAUCUACAUACCCAUCUUCUCUAGAAACUAUGCUUCCAGUCAUUGGUGUCUCCGCAUACUUGCUCACAUGGUUAAAUGCACAUCAGAAUCAAAGGGGAAAAGAAGAAUCCUCCCCAUUUUCUAUGAUGUGGAGAUUGAUGAUGUUAAGCUAAAAACUGAUUUAUACAAAAGCGACCUAGACAAGCACCAGGCGAACUUCAACCAUGAUGAAACGAAGUCAUGGAAAGAGGCCCUCAUUAAGGUCGCAGCAUUGAGGGGUUUCGUCUUAAAAACAACAGCUACGAAGAAGUACUUCAAUCGGUUACUGAAGAGGUUUAUAAGGCAAGGAAAUUGUUAG